GGCUCAUCCGAAUUAUUUCAUAAACGGGUCGUCAUUGUCAUAGUACGCUUUAUAUGUCACUUCGACUAGCACGGAGCGUUCAAUUAAAGCAUCGUCGCGUAUUUGCGUAUGCUAUCUGCGUUUGCACGCAGACAUUCACAUAAUUACAUCGAACAAGAACGCGUUUGAGUUGCUCUCUUGGGGAAAAAGCCCGUGUCCGCGUUUAUACCGCGUGUUUGUUUCGAGUUCGUUAGUGUUAAAAAAAAAGAAACGUUUAUUUUUCCUCUAAUCUCUAUUUAAAAAAAAAAAAACAUGUGGCAAUUAAAAUUCAUGACCGUAUUAUUAAUUGUGAUUGGUGGAGAAUGUGUUCCUCCUUCAGUUGAAACACAAUUUGGAAAUAUUCGCGGUCAAUUUGAAUUUACGGAAAAACUUGAAUUUAAUGAAACAGAAAAAGGAAUAGAGGCUUAUUUAGGUAUUCCGUAUGCGGAACCACCGAUAAAGGAAUUACGAUUUAAGGAUCCUGUAAAAUGGACAAAAAAUUAUACGAAUUCAGAAUUAGUUGCCGAUAAAGAUAAACCACAUUGUAUUCAAAUCGAUUAUAAUGGUGCAAUAACUGGAGAAGAGGAUUGUCUUUAUAUGAAUAUUUUUGUUCCUAAAGAAAAAAAAAUAAAUUCCACAUUUCCCGUACUUAUAUUUAUCAGAGGUGGAAGUUUUAAUAUGGGAUCAACAAAUAGUGAAGCAUUCUCACCAAAAUAUCUUCUUCGUCAAGACGUCAUUCUUGUCACAUUCAAUUAUCGUCUCAACUUUUUAGGAUUUUACAGUACUGGAAAUGAGCACGCACAGGGAAAUUAUGGAUUAAAGGACAUGGUUCAAGUUUUAAAUUGGGUGAAGGAAAAUAUACAUAAAUUUAAUGGAAAUCCAAAUUCUGUAACACUUUUUGGUAAUAGCGCAGGAGCCGCAGCUAUUCAUCAUUUAGCACUUUCUAAAAAUACAAAAGGACUUUUCCAUAAAAUAAUUACAAUGAGUGGUUCAGCCCUAGCACCCUGGGCCUAUCAUACUAAUGAUAACAUUAGAAAUUCUUCACUUAAACUCGCCAAUUAUGCUGGCUGCUAUAAUAUUUCAACUAACAAAGACGAGAAAAUAAAUGAAACGAAUAUAUUAACUUGCAUGAGAGAAAAAAAUGUAACGGAACUCUUAAAAUUGACCCAAAAAUUCGCCAUUUGGAAAAAUUCACCAAACUGUAUCUUUGGACCAACAUUGGAGAAAGAUAGUAAAACUGCAGUAAUAAUAAAAUCACCAAAACAAAGUAUAGAAGAUGGUGAUAUUCACAUUGAUUCAUGGAUAAUGGGAGUGACAUCCGAUGAAGGUUUAGGACUCGUAAACCUAAAUGAAAAUGAUUAUGCAUUUCUAAAGGAAAACUUUACCAAAAUUGGCUCAGAGAUUUUGGAAUAUUCUGAAGUUAUCAAGAACAAGACAAAUUUCACCAAAUCAAUAGUUGAUUAUUAUUUUCAAGGAAAUAUUACCGCCAAUAUAACAACCAACUUUACAAAAAUGAUUGGUGAUGCUGGAAUAUAUUGGCCAGUUUAUAAUAGUUUAAAACAUCAUUUUGAAAAAUUGAAAAUUUACUUUUAUCAUUUUGCUUAUGAAGGAACAUUUUCAAUUCUAGGCAGCGUAAAUCAUCCACAUGGUGUCGCACACAUAGACGAUGUGGGUUCUUUGUUUCCCUUUUUAGAAAAAAUGGGCGAUAAUAAAAAUUUACAAAAAAAUGAUAACGAUAAAACAAUGAUUAAUUUAAUGACGGAAUUAUUUUCAAAUUUUGCAAAAAAUGGAGUACCACAUGCUGAUUUAACGACAGAAUGGAAACCAUAUAAAAAGGAGAAUACAAAAUUCAUGAGAAUAGGAGACAAAAAUACAACUAAAAUUGAAAUGGAAAACGAUUUUCUGGUCGAGAGAAUGCAAUUUUGGGAAUUAAUUAUGAAAAAUACAUCUCAUCCUGAUAAAAAACCAAAUGGAGCCUCAUUCAAUGGUAACAACACCUUUUUAACUUGCCUACUACUAACUUGCCUAGGUUUGUUUUCCUAUUACCUUUAAAAUUAAACAAUAAAUAUAUUAUCAUUAAAAUAAAAAAAAAUUUGUAAAUUAAAAAAAAUUGGAUGAGACAACGAUGAUUAUAAUGCAUCCAAUAAGGCUGUUAUAUUAAUUAAUUUUUAUCAAUAUCAGUUACCAUAAAAAACCCUAAAAAUUAAAAAAAAAAAAACAAAAAAAAAAUUACAAAAAUAAUUAUUUGAAUUAAAAAAUAAUUCCUAAUUUCAUAUUUCUGUAAAUUCUAAAUUUUUCUUUUAAUAUUUCUGUAUCUCUUUUUCUCUUUAUUUAUCAUUAUGAUACAGAAAACAAUUUCUGCCAAAUUACUAAUAAGAAUAACUAUUUAUAAAUGGAUGCAAAAAAAAAAAUAUAUUUGAAAAAGAGAUUUAGUCUGAGAAAAUACUACCGAAAACACCGCCAUAAUUUUUAAAACAUUUUUUAAAAAUUUAAUAAAAUAAAAUGCAUGGAAAAAAAUUUUCACCUGGAACAGCGAUAAGUUUCACCUGGAACAGCGAUAUUUAUAACUAAAACAGCGAAUGUUUUCGCUUAUUCUAGAGAAAUAUAUCGCUAUUCCAGAUAAAGAUUUUUUUCCAUGUGCAAUUGUACUUAGUGCCUAAUUUAUUAUAAGCAAAUUGUACUCUAAGAGAAAGUAAUUAAAAUUUAUUCAAAAAAAUUGUGUAAAUAAGUCAUUGAAAAUUAAAUUCUGUUUUUAAUGAAUUAAAAAUGAUCAGAUUUAAAGAGAACUUUAUAUUAGAUAAAUAAAAAAAUGUAAUACUGUACAAAAUAUAUAAUAAAAUGUAAACAUAAAACACUGA